ACCCCAGUGCCCGUGUCAAGUGAGGUUAUGUGUUUACGUGUACACCCUAUGUGAGCCCCUUUAAAAUUUAAAUGCAAUUUUCGCAAUGGCUCGCACAAUGGCCAGUGAACGUAAGGGCACCUUCAAAGUAGAAUACCUGCAGCAAAUCGAGCAGGAAGUGCAGCUGCGAUGGAAAAACGAAAAAAUCUUCGAGUUUGAUGCCCCAACAACCCCCAAAAAAUCCAACAAUGAGAAAUACUUGUGCACAUUUCCGUUUCCUUAUAUGAACGGUCGUUUGCAUUUAGGCCAUACGUUUUCUCUAUCAAAAUGCGAAUUCGCUGUACGUUAUCAAAGAUUAAAAGGCAAACAAGCCUUGUUUCCUUUCGGAUUUCAUUGUACUGGAAUGCCUAUUAAGGCUUGUGCAGAUAAAUUAAAACGCGAAAUUGAAUUGUAUGGUAAUCCACCUAAUUUUCCUCAAAAUGAAACUGUUACAGUUGAAAAUGAAGACACUGAUGCAGUGCCAAAAGACAAAAGCAAAGGCAAAAAAAGCAAGGCAGUAGCCAAAGCAGGCACUGCAAAAUAUCAAUGGCAAAUAAUGCAAAGUUUAGGCUUAAGCGACAAAGAAAUCCAACAUUUUGCUGAUGCCAAUCAUUGGCUUGAUUUUUUCCCUCCCUUGGCUGUUCAAGACUUAAACGCUUUCGGUAUUCACGUAGACUGGAGACGCACCUUUAUAACAACAGACAAAAACCCAUUUUUCGAUUCAUUUGUACGUUGGUCCUUUUUAAGAUUAAAAGACCGCAACAAAAUCAAAUUUGGUAAAAGAUACUCAAUUUUUUCACCUAAAGACGGUCAACCUUGUAUGGAUCACGACAGAUCUAGUGGUGAAGGCGCCGGGCCUCAAGAAUACACUCUAAUUAAAAUGCAAGUCCUAGAUCCUGUGUCUCCAGUUUUUGCCUCAAAACCUGUUUAUUUAGUAGCAGCCACUCUUAGGCCUGAAACUAUGUACGGCCAAACCAACUGUUGGCUCCACCCCGACAUAAAAUAUAUCGCUUUUGAAACAAAAAAUUCCGAAAUUUUCAUUUGCACUGCAAGAUCUGCUAGAAAUAUGAGCUAUCAAGGGUUUACUAAAACUGAAGGGCAAGUUGAGGUUUUGCUGGAAAUUACUGGGCAGGCUUUGUUGGGAUGUGCCCUUAAGGCUCCCUUGACGAGCUAUGAAAAAAUUUACGCCCUUCCAAUGUUGACUAUUAAGGAUAAUAAGGGUACUGGGGUGGUUACCAGUGUGCCUUCCGAUUCGCCUGACGAUUAUGCUGCUUUGAUGGAUUUGAAAAAGAAACAGGCAUUCCGUGAAAAAUACUCUAUCGCCGACUUCAUGGUCCUUCCGUACGAUCCAGUACCGAUUUUAAACAUCCCUGAUUUUGGAAACUUGGCUGCAGUCACUUUGUACGACCAACUGAAAAUCCAAAGCCAAAACGACAAAGACAAACUAACACAGGCAAAAGAAAUGGUCUACCUCAAAGGCUUCUAUGAUGGAGUCAUGCUGGUGGGUGACUAUAAAGGCCAAAAAGUCCAAGACAUGAAAAAACUGAUCCAAAAAAGCCUUUGCGACAAUAACGAGGCUGUAGUUUAUUAUGAGCCUGAAAAACUAAUCAUGAGUAGAUCGGGAGAUGAAUGCGUCGUAGCUCUUUGCGACCAAUGGUAUUUAGACUACGGCGAAUCCAACUGGAAAAAGCAAGUCUUCAAGGCCAUGGACAACGUUAACAUGUUUCACGAAGAAGUGCGCAAAAACUUCAUUAGCUGCGUUAAUUGGUUGCACGAGUACGCAUGCUCAAGGACUUACGGUUUAGGCACAAAACUUCCUUGGGACCAGAAAUGGCUCAUCGAAUCUUUGUCGGACUCUACAAUUUACAACGCCUACUACACUGUAGCUCAUUUACUUCAAGGGGGGACCUUUAAAGGCGAUAAACCUAACAAGUUGGGCAUCAAACCAGAACAACUCACUCCAGAAGUUUGGGAUUACAUAUUUUUCUCUGAACAGAAAUAUCCGGCAAAUUGUGGUAUUAAAAAAGAGGCCUUGGAUUUGAUGAGGCAAGAGUUUGAGUUUUGGUAUCCGGUCGAUGUGAGAUGUUCAGGCAAAGACUUAAUUCAAAACCAUUUGAUGUAUUUUUUGUAUAAUCAUUGCGCCAUUUGGCCUGAGGACGAAUCGAAAUGGCCUUUGGGGAUUCGCGCCAAUGGGCAUUUGCUCCUAAAUUCGGCCAAAAUGAGCAAAAGCGAUGGUAAUUUUUUGACUUUGGAUGAAGCCUUGAAGAAGUUUAGUGCUGACGGAAUGAGGCUUUGCUUGGCUGACGCUGGCGACUCGAUUGAGGAUGCGAACUUUGUCGAAGCUACUGCCGAUGCUGGGAUUUUGAGGCUUUAUACUUUUAUGGAGUGGGUCAAGGAGAUUUUGAAAAACAAAAAUGAUUUGAGAUCCGACAAAAAUUACACUUUCAACGACAAAGUAUUCCAAAGCGAAAUGAACCUAAAAAUCCAAGAAACAGACGACUAUUAUCAAAAAAUGUUAUUCAAAGAAGCCUUACGAACAGGGUUUUUUGAACUUCAAGCAGCCAGAGACAAGUACAGAGAGCUAUGCCUGUUAGAAGGCAUGCACCAAGACCUCAUCCUAAAAUUCAUUGAAAUCCAAGCUCUAAUUUUAUCGCCCAUUUGCCCGCACGUUUCGGAAAAAGUCUGGCAACUGUUGGGUAACGAGUCGAGCAUCCUAAAAGCUCAUUGGCCCACUGUUGGCCCUAUUAACCAAUCAGAGAUUAAAGCGUCCGAAUACUUGAUGGAGUGUGCGCACUCUUUUAGAGUCCAUUUAAAAACCUAUUUGGCCAAUAAGCGUCAAGAAAAACCCAACCGGUGCACCGUAUUUGUUGCUAAAACUUUCCCUACUUGGCAGCAUUGUAUUUUGACAGUGUUGCAAGAAUGUUUUAAGAAAAAUGGUCAAUUGCCUGACAAUAAGACUUUGUCUGGGGAGUUUGCAAAGAAGAGUGAGCUUAAAAAAUAUAUGAAGCGUGUAAUGCCUUUUGUGCAGGCCACAAGGGAGAAAGUCGAUAAGUUGGGACUUAAGGCUUUGUCUUUGACAUUGGAAUUUGAUGAAAGUGAAAUUCUGAAAAGUAAUUCUGUGUAUUUGGCAAAGUCCUUAGAUGUCGAUGAUGUGAUAAUAAAAUUCACAGACGAUCCGGAAGCCAAUGAAAAAAUGAAAGAGUGCUGUCCAGGGGCGCCGUUUGUGUUGUUUUCAACUAAACCAGGGGUUAAAUUGGAAUUUGUCAAUCCUCUGCCAGGCACUGGUUUGUUUUCCAGUCGGAUUUUGAUCAGUGACGGCGACUCAUGGCGGAAAGUUGUGGAAAAGUUGGCCAAAAAUUAUAAACAGAUUAAAAAACCAGAAAAAAUUCAACUUUAUCAUUACGAAGAUCCAACGUUAGGCCCUGUAACAAUGCCAUCGUUUGAGGAACCUUUGAAAGGCAAACAUCUAAUUCCUGAAAAUGCUAUUUUCAAAGUAGAUCUGGAAAAAUCCUCGAUAAAAGUUAGCAGUGCUGACAAAUUGAUAGAGGUAGGCAAACAGGUUAUUUAUUUGUAUUAGAUAAGAAUAAAAUUUUAUCUACAACAUUUUUAUUUGUAUUUUAAAAAUCAAUUUGUAAUCAUAGGAGGCUAUUUUACAGGGUGUCCAAAAUAUCAUGUUAUUGCUAUUUUGGCCAACCUGUUGCUUGGCCAACUAAUGGCGAUUUCGAUUUGAUUGUAUUUUUUUGACAGUUGACAUAUUUUAAAAGUCAAAAAUCGAAAUCGCCAUUAAAUUCCUAAACUUCUAUCUCCUAAGUUCCAUAUCGAUUCGGUUCGUUUUUCAAGUUUUUUUCGAGCACCUGCACAAAAUUUUGUCCCAAAUUUUGCCUGUGGAACACGGCUGUUCCGUUCUACAGACGCACGAGCAAGUCUUGGGGUCCCACAUGUGCAAUCUGAACUUUUCGAUUUUCGUGUAGCAGUGUUUUUCUUCGUUCUGAAACAAGAUACAAAU